AUGGUCCUGAUCUUCCUCAGUUUGAUGAAUAUACUUUUCAUCGUCAUCGGCAUCUUGGACUUCCACGUCAAUGAGCAUCCGGACUUGAAAUGGGUCCAAGGGGGGCUCCUUCUGGCCUGGCUAGCCUGCUUCCAGCUCAAUCUCGGGCCUCUGGCCUUUGCCGUCGCCGCAGAGGUCUCUGCUUCCCGACUUCGGUCUGUUACACUCUCGUUGGCUCGCAACGUCUGGAACCUGGUUUUCAUCACCUCUUUAGUCGUCGAGCCGUACCUCAUCAACCCCACAGAAGCAAAUCUACGUGGCAAAACUGCCUUGGCUUGGUUGACCACCUCUUUUCCACUACUCCUCUGGGCCAUCUUCCGCCUACCAGAGACCAAGGACAGAACAUUCGAGGAAUUGGAUGUCUUGUUUGAGAAGCGCGUUAAAGCCUGGCGGUUUAAGUCAACACACAUUGACCUUGUCCGAGACACACGACAAAUCAUCACUGAAGAAACCAAAACCCCCCAUUAG